AUGUCGUUCUUGCAAAGCCUCAAGAAGCGCAUACCGGCAGCGCGCCCCGCCGCUCCGCUGGACGGCGAGGAGUCCAAGAUUGACCGACUAUCGCCGCGCCUGGCUUUCCUCCGACGCCGCAUACGCCUCAAAGGCAACUCCUCCAUCUCGAUACCCCUGGGUCUCGUCGUCCUCUUCCCCACCAUCGUCAUAAUCCUAAUAAUCAUCAUUUUUGUGCGGCAUCCCUCGUCGCCAGGGAAGUUGCUGGUGCCGGCAGGUGCUCCUCCGUCUAUCAGGAAAAUCAACGAAAAGUACGACAAAGUCUUCUUCCCCGGCUGCUUAGAACCCCCGAAGAGGCCUGAGGAUCAUGAAAAGGCAAACGCGGCGUUCGUUGUCUUGGCGCGGAAUAAGGAAUUGGACGGCGUGAUACAGUCAAUCAAGUCCAUCGAGAGGCACUUCAACAGGUGGUUCCACUACCCCUAUGUCUUCCUGAACGAUGGCGAUUUCAACCAGACUUUCAAGGAGACAGUCUUGAACUACACCAGCGCUCCGGUCGAGUGGGGCAAGAUCGACGACUCAAUGUGGGGUUUCCCGGACUGGGUUGAUAAGGAUGUUGCGAAGGAAGGCAUUUCGAAGCAGGGUGACCAGGCUAUCAUGUACGGUGGCAUGGAGAGCUAUCAUCACAUGUGCCGUUUCUACUCUGGGUUCUUCUACAAGCAUGAGCUGCUCCAGAAGUACACCUGGUACUGGCGCCUCGAGCCCGAGAUCAAGUACUUUUGCGAUAUCACCUACGACCCCUUCAUUCACAUGGAACGCAACAACAAGACGUACGGCUUUACCAUCGCCGUCAAGGAACUGAGGGAGACGGUGCCCAACAUUUUCCGCUACGCGUCGGCUUACAAGCGCAAGAACAACCUGAAAUCGAAGGGCCUGUGGGAGAUGUUUGUGGAAAAGCCCGAGCCCAAGGAAGAGCCGGAAGAGCCACCCAAGGAGGACCCCAAGUACAAGAAGCCGCUUCCGGAGGAGAUCCUCAACACCGACCCUGCCUCUGGCGCUCUUCCCGAGAUUGACCCUGAGGCAAUGGAGGGCGAAUCGUACAACAUGUGUCAUUUCUGGAGCAACUUUGAAAUCGCUAGACUCGACUGGUUCCGGAGCAAGGAGUACAAUGACUUUUUCGAGAUGAUGGACCGUAGCGGAGGAUUUUGGAUGGAACGAUGGGGAGACGCACCUAUCCACUCUCUCGCGGCGGGUGCUCUGCUCGGCCCUGGUGAUAUCCACUACUUCCGCGACUUUGGCUACCGGCACACAACGAUUCAGCACUGUCCCGCAAACGCACCCGCACGCCAACUCGAUCACAUUCCAUACCUCGAGAUGACGACGCUGGACGAGAAGAAGCGCUUGGAGGAGGACGAGUACUGGGCCACGCCGGACCCGCCGAAGGAGAACGGAGUGGGAUGCAGAUGUAAAUGCGAUACGGACAUUGUUGAUGUUGAAGGCAAGCAGGGAAGCUGUCUGGCGGAGUGGGUGGACGUCGCAGGCGGCUGGUCAAGCCCGUAG